AUGGCUCCAGGUUUUCAUAGUUCUCGGCGUUUCAAUCCAAAUGUCUCUUUUGUAAGUAUGAUCCGUGGUAGUGUUAACGCAGAAGAAAAUGAGGAUGGUAAUUGCUCUGAUGUGGGGGGUGGUGCGAGUGCUGUGGUUCAAACUCAAAGGCUCUCCGUUGAAAUCAUGGCGAUUAAGAGUCUCUUGGAUCUUGUGUUGUUGGCGGUGGAAAAUGAUCAGGUGCUUCCAGCCAACGUGGCCCGAUGCACAAAUGUGGAUGUGAGCCUUCUCACCAGCACCAUGAGGAAUGAUCAGCACCACCGUGAGGAAGAAAUGCGAAAGGAAUUUUCCGAGCGGCAGCGGCAAGCAAAGCAAAAUUAUUCGUUUGGUCGCGCGCAAAUGGCGGCAUUGCUCUCCAUGAAGGAACAGCAGAUCGACAAUAUGAAAAAAUUUUCUGAUCCACGGUUCUUAUGUAACUUUUGGGAGAAAAGGUGUAAAAUACUGCGAAGCGAGCUUAGGCAUAUUCGUAAGGCCGUCCAGGAAGACUUGACGAGUCUUAGGCAGUUUGUGGUCACAACUAUGGAAGGCAUUAUCAAGCGUGUGUAUGUAGUGGAUUCAAGCUUGAGUGAGAACCAAGCCUUAUUCGCUACACAGUCAGUCUUGAGAGAUAUCAUUUCCUCUGCCCAUUCCCUGCUAAUGCCCAUGUUAACGACAGAAUAUGAGCGUGGCUACCACCCAUGGCCAAUCAAGCUUCGCAACACAAUAGAUCCUUUCGCCCGGAUGGUUAGGGCUCGGUAUGGGGAUUCGCAAAUGAUGCUUGUGCGGGAAGAAAUGAAUGCACUAGGCAGUCUUUAUGUUGCGGCGCAUCACUAUGUGAUGAAUCAUGUGGUGACGCCUGUCUUGAAGCGGCCUUUGCCUGGGAAAACGCUGCGGAGUCUGUGUGCAUUGCUGUCGAUGAACAAAGGCACAUCGGCGGAGCUGUGGAUGAAAAUUCGGGAAAAGUACGCACAUGAACUUAGCUUCCAAAGGAGUAUUGCACAGUUGAACAUGUCGAUUGUUUCUUUGAUGUACCACCAGCGCAUCAUAACGGAGCGCUCUGCGGAGGCUAUGCGGGAGGCCGGCAUGGAUCCCCAGCUCAGCGGUAUACCAGUUCAGCGUACAGUUAACGUGAUCGCGGAGAAAUUGCACAAGGUGGUUGCCGACCGUGCAGCUCUGCGAAAACGGAGGCAGGAAAAUGCACGUGAUGUCUACCGAAUUUGGAAGAAACAACAGAUUGAUAUUAAUGAGGGAUACCCGGCGCCAACUCUACCGCAGCGACUCGUUGUGGCCGAGAUGAACAUGCAGCGGAAGGAUUUCCUGUCCACAAUCCCCCCCAUGCCGGCUCACAUGGAAAAUAAUUCGGAGGGGCAGUCCGUCUUUUCCACGAAGCAAGGCGCCAACUUCUGGGGGCGCAUGUUCUCCACCACAACUGCACAAGGAAAGGACUUAGCAGAGGAAGACACGUCCUCAUCAGAGGAACAAGAAUUGCCGCAAGGAGCACCAGGAGCGUCGUCAGGGCCAUGUGAAGAAGUUGUGAAGGAACCUUUGCCCAACACGAAGGAUGCGCCAGCGUAA